ACACUACAUGAGUGAAAGAAGAAGGAAAGAGAAGGAGACAUGUAAAGCUCCUUAACCCCACAUUUCUAUAAAAAUUCUUUGAGGACAAAGGCUCAAGUUUUCUUCAGCCUCAUCUGAGAAAAGCAAACAGGCACUCAAAGCUUUAGCAAAGGGCUUUUAUGGGUGCAUAAACGAGAAAAUAUGACAAAGUGAUCAAGAAAGCGAAAAAAAAAGAGCUAGGGAAAAAGUUUUAAAUUUUUAUGGUUCUCUUUUGAAGGCAUGAAUUGAAGUGUGUUUUUUGCAGAGGAUCAUCACUGCAAAGCUAACGAUGGCAGGAAACCCUAGCUGGUGGAGCAUGCAUCCACCUUCACAGCAACCUUCUGCUUUGUUAUCAUCUUCUCCAUCUACCUUCCCUUCCCAAUUUGUACUUGGAUCCUCUCCAUUCCCUUUGAAUUCUCUGCCUGAUAACCAAGAGCUUCCACAGUCAUGGAGCCAACUACUUUUGGGUGGUUCGUCAGGAUAUGAAGAUAGGUACGGUCUGAGUCAAUUUCAGCCUAAAAAGUUGGAAAAUUGGGAAGACCAAAUCUUAAAUCCGUCUCCAAGUAUUUCUUUAGAUGCUGAUGUAAAGCAAGAGGUUUCCCACAAUAGCAACUUAUAUGGUCAUGGAGAAGAAGACUUUCAGGCAGCUAGGCCCACAGCUUGGCCACAAGCGAUGCCGGUCUCUUCCCCUAGGUCUUGCGUCACAAGUUUAAGUAGUAGUACUAGUAUAUUAGACUUCUCUUACAACAAGGCAGAUGGGGCAAGUCAGCAUCCAGAUCAGUCAUCUGAGUGUAACAGUACAGCCACUGGUGGAGUGUGUAAGAAGGCUAGGGUUCAGCCCUCUUCAAGCCAACCUCUUAAGGUGAGGAAGGAGAAGUUAGGUGAUAGAAUAACAGCUCUUCACCAAAUGGUUUCCCCUUUUGGAAAGACUGACACAGCUUCAGUCUUGUUAGAAGCUAUUGGGUAUAUCAGAUUCCUUCAGGGUCAAAUUGAGGCUCUUAGCUCCCCUUACAUGGGCACUGCCUCACCAAAUAUGAGGAACCAGCAACAAUCUGUUCAAGAAGAAAGAAAUUGUGCAUUUUCUGAAGACAUGCAUCAGGAUAAUCAAAACCAGCCAAAGGACUUGAGGAGUAGAGGACUGUGCUUGGUUCCCGUGUCCUGUACUCAGCAUGUUGGAAGUGACAAUGGUGCCGAUUAUUGGGCUCCAGCUAUCGGAGGAGGGUUUUGACCGAUGUAAUAUUAUUCCAAGGCCGUUUCAAAGUUUCAGAGAAUGAUAUAACAUCAUGAGCAGUCACUCUGCUGCAACAUUCCAAGGCUGAUUGCUCAUGAUGGUAUGCUAUUCUAAUUAGAAAUGGCCAUUAAUUGUUUCUGAACCCUCUAGCUUGCAGGCUUCACACUAUCUGUCUGUUGAUGUUUUCUUUGAGCUAUUUUUGUAGAGCUCCUUGAAAUUGAAGUUCAAUUAGCAUUUUCCAUGCAUCUCAAAAUGCUUUUUCCAGGAUUAGCAUUCUUUCUUCAUAUGUUGUUGAAUAGUGGAAUGGCUUCUGCCCCCUAUUAAAUGUAACUGCUUGAUUUCCUGUU